AUGGCAACACGCACCUCAUUCUAUAGACGAAGUGGCGCUAGCCCGCCUACAGCUAUUCAUGAGAACGAAGACGAUGGCGAGAGAGAUGCCGAGGGUGAAGGACAGCCUAAACCUCAAUUUUAUUCUGGCUGUUUUAGAAAGAUGGAAUUGAUGAUUGAAUUUAUGAAUCUUCGUAAUCCAAGACAUUGUCCAAACGGAGUGUACGUCAUGCCAGUUGCUGAGAAAUUUAACACAUGGUAUGGUGUAAUAUUUGUCCAUAAAGGCUACUACAAGGGCGGAGUGUUCAAGUUUCGCCUGCAUAUACCGGAAACAUAUCCUUUGUCACAAGACUUGUAUGAUGCCUUAACUUUAUUCUGUCCAAUCACAUAUCCAGAAAAGCCACCAAUGGUUUAUUUUCUCAACCGAGGAGAUGACAUCUUUCAUCCAUUGAUUGAUCCAAAUACGGGACAAUUUUCCCUUACCCAGAAAUUCAAAGAUUGGGCACCUCAUAAAUACUAUAUAUUUCACAUUCUGCAUUACAUUAAGAAGGCAUUUAAAAAGUCUGUGUUGGACAAUCUUGUUGAAAAGUACUGUUCGGAUAGGAAAGCAUAUAUUACAUACAAGGAAGAAAUCCACAAAUUUGCAAAGUUGGCCGCACAAUGCGCCAGGCUUUCUAUUUCAGAGACGAAACUCUACAACCAUGAAGUGUCUGAUUCCAACCCCAUUAUUUUCACGAAAAUGGAUGACAAACAAUAUGAGGAAAUAAAAAACAAUUAUUUAACUCCUUCUCAAAGUUUAUCGCCCUCCAAGUACAAAAACGCGGGCUUUGACGUAGUAGACAUAUCGCGAAUUCAGUAG